AUAAAUGCACCAAUCUUCCUCCACAUCGCCUCCUCCUCAACCCGAAAGAAGAAAGAGAAAAAAAUAAGAGAGAGAGAGAGGGGGAUUCAGAGAGAAAGGAGGGAGAAAGGAGCUAUAAGUGGUCUCAUCACCAUUACCAGCUCCAUUCGAACAUAAACGACGUCGUUCCCUCUACCAUCCUCUGCAAUCUCUCCUCCCACCAGUUUCUCUCAGCUUUUUUUCGGGUUUUUAUUUACGGGAGGAGAUCUUGUCUACCCGUGGGAUUGCGUUUUUCUCUUCACGAAGAUCGUCCCUGACGCAUUUAACUGCAGAAGAUGGUGAUGUGGGUCUUUGGUUAUGGCUCUCUUGUGUGGAACCCAGGAUUUCAUUACGACGAGAAAGUGUUGGGUUUCAUCAAGGGAUAUAAACGUGUCUUUGAUCUUGCUUGCAUUGAUCACAGAGGUACACCAGAACACCCUGCAAGAACUUGCACACUCGAGAAAGAUGAAGAAGCCAUAUGCUGGGGUGCUGCUUUCUGUGUCCGUGGAGGGCCAGAAGAAGAACGUCUGGCUAUGGAGUACUUGGAACGUAGAGAGUGUGAAUAUGAUCUCAAGACAUGUGUAGACUUUUACAAAGAAGAUGAUCCCCUGAAGCCAUCUGUAACUGGAGUGAUAGUAUUCACUUCUACUCCAGACAAGGUCUCCAACAAGUAUUACCUUGGACCUGCGCCAUUAGAAGACAUGGCAAGACAAAUUGCGACAGCCAAUGGACCAUGUGGUAACAAUAGAGAUUAUCUCUUCCUGCUAGAGAAGGCAAUGCAUGACAUCGGGCAUGAGGAGGAUUAUGUAAUAGAGCUGGCGAACGAGGUGAGGAAAGUUCUCGCAGAGUCCUCGACGAUGAAAGUGACACCGGUGAAGGAACCAAGAGCGAGCCGUGUGUCUAACAAGUCAAAGAGCAAUGUCCCCACGGCUCAUCAGAUACUUCCUUAUCAACCGGAAGCUGUUGCCACUACGAUAUAGCUCUUGCAUUCGUCUUUUAAUUGGCUUUAGAGACAAAAAGUGAUUUGUGAAAGCAGAUCGUUUUGCUUCUUUUUUUUUAACAAACUUCGGUUGUCUUCCGUGUUGUCCUAACGAGUGAUACUGAUAGCCUUGCAAGCACUUUUUGAAGAAUAAUAAAAGUAACUUAGUUAAUAAACUUAAAAAUUAUUUCUCUU